GUCACGUGUUCUUCUCUAAAAACAUGGCUUUUCUUCGUACUGUCCAGCGAAGUAUCCUCUCACUUAACGUUGCAAGAAUAGGUUUACUGAAUAAGCGCGCUUGCUUGAGUAGUGGAAAUUUGUUGAUAGAAGAACCCGAGUUUUCAUGGUUGAAAGAACUCGAUCUAAAGCCUGAAAAUGAUGGCGUUUUUAAUGGGAAUUGGAAAGGCAAUGGAGAUAUUGUGACAUCAAUAUCACCAAUCAAUGGUCGACCAAUAGCACAUGUGCGGGAGGCCAGUGUUGCCGAUUACGAAGAAAGUGUGUCAUUAGCCAAUGAAGCCUGGAAGACAUGGGCUACAAUCCCAGGCCCUCAUCGUGGUGAGAUCGUGAGGCAAAUUGGUGAAGAGUUGCGAUUGCAUAAAGACAACCUUGGCAAACUUAUUUCAUUGGAGAAUGGAAAAAUCUAUGUUGAAGGUGUUGGGGAAGUUCAAGAAUACAUUGAUGUUUGUGAUUAUUCUGUGGGUCUCUCUCGAAUGUUUGGUGGCUCUGUCUUUCCUUCAGAACGCCCUGGUCAUGUGUUGAUGGAACAAUGGAACCCAGUUGGUCUGGUUGGAAUCAUCACUGCGUUUAAUUUCCCCAUAGCAGUUUUUGGUUGGAAUAAUGCCAUCAGCUUGGUUUGUGGAAAUGUCAACAUUUGGAAAGGAUCUCCCACUACACCUCUCAUCAGUAUAGCCAUCACAAAAAUUAUCAGCAAUGUAUUAAAAAGAAAUCAUCUUCCUCCUGCCAUUUGCUCUCUUGUUCAAGGCGGAUCAAAAAUCGGAAGUACAAUGGCAUCAGAUAAAAAUAUCCAAUUACUUUCUUUCACUGGAAGUACAAAGGUUGGCUUGGAAGUUGGUCUUGAGGUUAAAAAAAGAUUUGGUCGAGAGCUUCUAGAGCUUGGUGGCAACAAUGCAAUCAUUGUUCUGGAUGAUGCUGAUCUUGAACUUGUUGUCCCUGCCGUUGUUUUUGCAUGUAUUGGUACAACUGGACAGCGAUGUACGACCACUAGACGCUUGAUACUUCAUGAAGCAAUAUACGAUGAGGUGGUGGAAAGACUUACAAAUGCUUACAAACAAGUGAAGAUUGGAGAUCCUCUUGAUUCUAGUGUCUUGUGUGGUCCUCUACAUAACGAAAAUGCUUUGGAAUUAUAUCAAAGAGCAAUCAAAGAAAUAGUAUCCAAUGGAGGAAACAUUGUCACAGGAGGAAAUGUAUUGGAUCGACCAGGCUAUUAUGUUGAACCAACCAUUGUGACAGGUCUUUCACAUGAUACGGAAAUUGUCCAGAGAGAAACUUUUGCACCAAUAUUGUAUGUUCUGAAAACAAAGAGUUUGGAUAAGGCUAUAGAGUGGAACAAUGAGGUUGAGCAAGGUCUUACUAGUAGCAUUUUUACCAAAGACAUGGGAAGCAUCUUUCGUUGGCUUGGACCAUUCGGUUCUGACUGUGGUAUUGUUAAUGUAAAUAUUCCAACAAAUGGAGCAGAGAUCGGAGGAGCUUUUGGUGGUGAAAAGGCCACUGGAGGAGGGAGAGAGUCGGGUAGUGACUCUUGGAAGAACUACAUGAGAAGGUCAACUUGCACCAUUAACUAUAGUGAUAAUCUACCACUGGCUCAAGGAAUUGAGUUCUAAAACAAAUGGUUCGCAGGAAAUCAUUAUGGCUUUGAAAAGUAUGAAAGUAGGCUGUAGGUAAUAUAUAUAAAAUUUUGUCUGAGUCCUCAUCUUUUUGAAGGUAUAAAAGAAGCAAUUGGUAGUAUUAACUUACAUUAAAAUAUGUAAGUUGAUAAACAAAAGAAGCAUCUUAUUCUUAUGUGCAAAUAUAUUAAUUUUUUUGAUGCAUUUAAUGUAUUAGAUGCAUACUAAAUAUAAGUGUGCGAAAGAAAGUAUUUACAUAA